AUUGGCAGACUGUCAAUCCCUCACCAAAGCGGCCAUCAAACAACAUAAAACACACACAGUCACUGGGCUGCUGGGCUCAUAAAUUCCAGCUGGCUGAUAUUUUUGCACAUUGCUUUGCAGAGAGUGUGUAAUUAAUUUUUUUACAGUUCUUUCCCCUUUAUUUCCGCUCUUUUCUUUACACAAGUUCAAACUUUUGAUAGCUGCAAUUUUGCCCCCAUUGUACAGACUUGGGAUCAUUUGUUAUUUUUUGGGGGGGGAGGGCAAUUAAUUUUUUUCAUCUGUGUUUGUGUUUUCUUGGGCUUUUUUUAAUGUUGCAAUUUGGGGAUGGGGGUGUUUGCUUGGUUUGUUGUGGUUUUUGCUGUUUGCCACCCUCCUAACUUUUUAAGGAUUUGAAAGCAAGUUUUUUGUGUUUUUUUUUUUUAAUUUGUCUUUUUUUGCGAAGAAGAUCUUUUUUUGGACAAGUGGAGGAAAGACAUAAAAAGCAACAAUAAAAAUAAAAAAAGAAGAAGAGAGAAAGAAAAAAGCUUUGGAGGAAGAUUGUACGAGGGAGAGAAAACUGCAAAGAAACCUGAUCAACUCAUUUAUUCAAGCCACAAAUAUCAUAAUUAUGAUGAAAGAAGAUUGUAACUAAAGAAGGGAGUGAUUUACUGCAUUGGAAAGAAGAGAGUGGAAUAAACAACUGAGAUCCGGUGAAAUACUAAAUACUGAUUUUUUUUUUAAUUUGCGAUAGCAAAAUAACAACAAACAGGAACUGAAAUUGACUACAAGAGCCAGAGAUUUAUUUGCAUUUUCUUUUCUAAGCACAAACCUCCUUCCUCUGAUUGUGAGGCUGUUUUCGCCGUUUCUCCUGCUGCUAUCUCUGAAAGUGCAUUGAUUGGGCUGCGGUAGGAGGUAUGGAUGAUCAGUCCAGGAUGUUGCAGACUCUGGCCGGUGUGAACCUGGCUGGCCACUCGGUGCAGGGGGGGAUGGCUCUGCCUCCUCCCCAUGGACAUGAAGGGGCAGACGGCGACGGCAGAAAGCAGGACAUCGGAGACAUCCUCCAUCAGAUCAUGACCAUCACUGACCAAAGCCUGGAUGAGGCACAAGCAAAAAAGCAUGCACUGAACUGCCACCGAAUGAAGCCUGCUCUGUUCAGUGUCCUGUGUGAAAUCAAAGAGAAAACAGGUUUGAGCAUCCGAGGAGCCCAGGAGGAAGACCCUCCCGAUCCCCAGCUAAUGAGACUGGACAAUAUGCUUCUGGCAGAAGGGGUUUCAGGUCCUGAGAAAGGUGGGGGAUCGGCAGCAGCAGCCGCAGCCGCAGCAGCCUCUGGAGGGUCCUCAGAUAACUCUAUCGAACACUCAGAUUACAGAGCCAAAUUGACCCAGAUCAGACAAAUCUAUCACACAGAGCUGGAGAAAUAUGAACAGGCGUGUAACGAAUUCACCACACACGUGAUGAACCUUCUCCGAGAACAGAGUCGGACACGUCCCAUUUCUCCCAAGGAGAUCGAAAGGAUGGUGGGCAUCAUCCAUCGAAAAUUCAGCUCCAUCCAGAUGCAGCUCAAACAAAGCACUUGUGAAGCAGUAAUGAUUCUGAGAUCAAGGUUCCUUGAUGCCAGGUACGUAUCCAACUGGUUUGGCAAUAAGAGAAUCAGGUACAAGAAGAAUAUAGGGAAGUUUCAGGAAGAAGCCAAUCUUUAUGCUGCAAAAACAGCUGUGACUGCAGCACAUGCCGUGGCAGCAGCUGUCCAGAAUAACCAGACAAACUCCCCCACCACACCAAACUCUGGUUCUUCUGGUUCUUUUAACCUCCCAAAUUCUGGGGACAUGUUCAUGAACAUGCAGAGUCUGAAUGGGGAUUCUUACCAGGGGUCCCAAGUCGGAGCCAAUGUGCAAUCACAGGUGGAUACCCUGCGUCAUGUUAUCAAUCAGACGGGAGGGUACAGUGAUGCCUUGGGAGGAGGGGCACUGUACAGUCCACACAAUUUAAAUGCUAAUGGAGGCUGGCAGGACGCAACUACUCCAUCUUCUGUGACUUCCCCUACAGAAGGGCCGGGAAGUGUGCACUCUGAUACCUCUAACUAAUCUCCUAGCAACACUUUUUCCCUGAGCUGAGAUGCCUUGAUUAGCGCAUUCAGAGUAACAGGAGAAAAAGAAAGGAAUUUUUUUUGUAGCCAACCACCUACAGCUUUACUGUAAAACCUUGUCUUAUUAGAAAACUUGGUAAAUCUGUUUUUUAAAGGUAUCAUAAUCAUUUGUAUUUAUACUUAAAACACACAAUGUUAAAAAGCACUUUAUCCAAUUAGGCCAAGAUUUAGCAUUGUUUAUAGCCCUGUAACUAUUUUAUCAUAAUUUAUUAUCAGCUGUUUUAACAAUGAUGGUCUAACAGUUGCCAAUUACUUGGCCUUAAGGGUAAAAGUACAGUAUAUGCUUAACCUCAGUAGCAAGAGCCGACACAAAGAAACACCCCACCUAAAUUUAACUUCUUGCAUAUUUCCAUGGAAAGUCUAAAUGAAUUACAAACUUUGAUUGUGUUUAAUCUUUUCAUAUCUCUUAUAGAGUUGGAAUAAAAAGAGCUGUUCAGUUAUUUCAGUUAACAAUGGUUGUGUUUAAGAAUCCUUAUUCGUCACAUUUUUGUUGUGAUCUAUUGUUUUAUAAAUUAGAUUGGAAACUGGGAGCACCAGCAUCUACUCUCUGUAUUUCAAUAAUGGACAUAAAUUGUUCUAAGAGAUGAAGAUACUUGCUGCUUAUUUUUGUGGAAGCCAAGAUCUGGGGUUUUACAGUACGAGCUAGGUGCUGCACACGGAUUUGCCAAGACUUGCUACGUCCUCUUGGUAACAACAACAAAAACAAGGAAGGCACCAUUGUAUGGAGUGUUGUAUAUAGUGUAGCAAAAGAGUAUUUAUACAUCUCACCAAUCAAAACACAGCUUUAUUACCUCAUGCGAACUCAUACAAACCAAUAGAAUUUCAACAUGUUCUGUAGCUUAGAGUGCUCACUUACUACCUCUGAACAAUACUCACGCUGUAGUUUGUCUCUUUCUUAUCUUUUUGCAUCUUGUAAUUAACCCUUUGUUUCCCCUCAUGAAAUGUAAUGUACAUUGUAAUCUUUUAAAAAAAAAUCAGGGUUGCAUUUGCAACUUUUAAAAAAGCUAAAGUGGAAACAUUGGGUCUUAGGUUUAACACAAAACAGUAAAACUGUUGUAAAUACUGAGAAACAUUUUGAAUGUUCUUCAUCUUGUUACUAAUCCACGCAAAAAACAACAACUAAUUGUAAUGCAUACAGAUUUCAGUAUUCAGUACUGUAUAUUUCGCCCUGUAUAACAGGGGGCCCUUUCUUUCUCUCUUUUGUAUUGUAUGCGAUUCUGAAACUGAUUGAGUCAUGAAAAUAAUUUGUGGCAGUGAUUCUAAUGUAUUAAAACGUUUCGUGUUACUUUCUAACUGGAUUACACCCUGGAUUGAAAAGUCUUCCUCGUGGUAGUUAUAUGUAGUUUCAAACAU